AUGGAAAACAAUAAUGUUUCUCGUGAGGCUCACAGAAAGCGUAAAAGCAAAGAAAGUGAGACAUCCCAACAACGUGAAGCCCGACUUGCUCGUGAACGCGAAAGAAAACGGCAAAAAAAAAUGCAGGAGACCAGUGAAGAGCGCGAAGUGCAUAUGUCACGUGAACGCGAUAGAAAACAGAACGAGAGAGAAAUGGAAACUAAUGAGCAAUAUGAAGAACGUCUAAAUUAUCAGCGUCAUUUUCGUGAACAAAUUAAACAACAAAAUCUGUCACGAAUAAUUGAAGAACUGGAUCCAAUUAUAGACACUCAGGGGAAUUGUAAACUUAAAGGUCUUACCAAAAUUGAAGAGAUGCUUAUAGCACAAGUUUUUCCAGUAAUGUCUGUAUAUAGACUUCGCGGAGGACAACUAGGGUAUCGUGGUAAUGUUAUAAAUUUUCUCCAGGACGUACGAGAGUUUACUACUCGCCUUCCUCGGCAUCCAUCUUCAUUAGAUAUACUGAUUGUGUGUCGUCAGUCUGGAGAUUUAACUUCUUUCAGGGAUUUCAAUGUUCGGCGUGCUAAAAUUUCCCGGGCACUAUAUUGGCUAAAAGCAAACAAUC